UGUGUGCGGCUGAUUGAGAGGAGACCGUGCAAGAACUAGCACAACACGACUGGCAAAUAAAAACAGUGUUGACAUUUAAAAACUGCGGAUUUUUUUUGUUUGUUUUUGUUUUUUUUUUUUCCUUAGGAUAUUACUUCAAACAUUAUCAAUAAGGCCUUUGAUGGGACAUCGCAGAUUCAGUCCCACCGACCUCGAUUUUUGCCUCUGGCCGAGUGAAACGGGUUCGUUCCCCCCUCCUCGUUUUGUUUUUUGGUAUUUAUACGGCAAGAUGCAGGCUUUAGAAAAUGCUCAUACUCGGUUUGUUCGUUUAGUAUAGCAGGUUUUAACCGUUGCGCUUAAUAAUUGGUGCUUUCAGAACAUAUUAGAUUUUAGUUUACAUACAAAUGCUUGCAGUAAAACAGAUGUAACUGCAGGCUGCUUUAACCUCACAGUGUUUUCUUUAGGUACAAGUGCGUUGAAAAGUGAACUCUUGAACGCUCCCAUGUGAAAUUAUAUUUAGGGCGGUUGCUGUUCUCUAUCUGCAGACCGGCUUCUACGGGAAAUGGUAAUCGUUCCCAUGACCUCAUGGAGAGAAAGCGCUUUGAAGCAUGGCUCCAGUCUGUUUCCACUUCCUUUCUCACGUUGACGGAGCCCCAGAAGAAUGAGACCCUGGAUCACCUGAUCAGCCUGAGCGGGGCGGUGCAGCUCCGACACCUGUCCAACAACCUGGAGACCCUGCUCAAGAGGGACUUCCUCCGGCUCCUCCCCCUGGAGCUCACCUUCUACCUGCUCAAAUGGCUUGACCCCAAGACCUUGCUCACCUGCUGCUUGGUCUGCAAGCACUGGAACAAGGUCGUCGGAGCCUGCACGGAGGUGUGGCAGGGAGCCUGCAAAGCGCUCGGCUGGCAGAUCGACGACUCCAUCCAGGACGCCGCACACUGGAAGAAGGUUUACAUGAAGGCCAAGCUGAGGAUGAGGCAGCUGGAGGAGCGAGAAGCCUUCGAGACCUCCUCUCUGAUUGGGCACAGCGCCAGGGUGUACGCUCUCUACUACAAAGAUGGGCUCCUGUGCACAGGCUCUGAUGACUUGUCUGCUAAACUAUGGGAUGUUUGCACUGGGCAGUGUAUCUAUGGCAUUCAGACGCACACUUGUGCUGCAGUGAAGUUUGACGAACAGAAGCUCGUGACUGGAUCCUUCGACAACACGAUCGCCUGCUGGGAAUGGAGCACAGGGGCCAAAAUCCAACAAUUCCGGGGACACACUGGCGCGGUCUUUAGUGUAGAUUACAAUGACGAGCUUGAUACCUUGGUCAGCGGCUCUGCAGAUUUUACAGUGAAGGUCUGGUCCUUAUCUGCGGGGACGUGCCUCAACACCCUGACUGGACACACAGAAUGGGUGACAAAGGUGGUUUUACAAAAGAGUGAGGUGGAAUCAGUGAUGCAUAGUCCUGGGGACUAUAUUUUAUUAAGUGCCGAUAAAUAUGAAAUCAAGAUCUGGCCAAUAGGAAGAGAAAUCAACUGCAAGUGCUUGAAGACCCUGUCUGUGUCGGAGGACCGCAGCGUGUGCCUGCAGCCCCGGCUCCAGUUCGAUGGCAGAUACAUCGUGUGCAGCUCCGAUCUGGGCUUGUACCAGUGGGACUUUGCCAGUUAUGACAUUCUUAGGGUCAUCAAAACGCAAGACUCUGCAAACCUGUCCUUGCUAAGUCUUGGAGAAGUGUUCGCCCUGCUGUUUGACAACCACUAUCUGUACAUAAUGGACCUACGGACCGAACAAAUAACGGGGCGCUGGCCUUUGCCCGCGUACAGGAAAUCUAAAAGGGGCUCCAGCUUUCUCCCAGGGGUCACAGGUUGGCUUAACGGACUUGACGGCAGGAACGACGCUGGCUUAGUGUUUGCCACAAGCAUGCCGGAUCACAGCAUUCACUUGGUGUUGUGGAAGGAGAACGAGUGAAGCUGAAGAGAAGGAGCCCCACCGUGUUUGUUGUACAUGGCACUGCUUAUUUUAAGUGCAUGCUCAUGAAGUCCGACCUGCAUUGCAUGAACCAAAGUUUGGCACCUGAAGAGUCUGCCAUCCAGCGCACACACAUCGCACCAUCACACGCCCUGCUUUUUAAAUAACCCUACUACAACAAAUACAAAAAAAUAAAUGCAGGCCAGCAUGCUCAGAGACAUUCUUUAUUUUUUGUGUUUAUCGUCAGUUUUUAUUUCAGUGGAGAACAUUGAAAAUCGUGGAGCAAUUUUUUUUUUUUUUAAGGAGCUGCACUGAACAGCUUUCUUAUUUUAUUCUUUUUUGUUUGCAUCUGUUUAUCUGAAUGAUAGGUCUUCCCUUUUUUCUUCUAGAAUCUCAAAGGAAGAAACGAUUCCGUCAAUGUAAAGAAAUGUGAAUCGUAGACAAGAAAAAAAAAAAAAGCAGAGUUCAGUGAGAAUAUGAUAAAUGUACCAGUAAACGAACAGUAGCCUUCUUAGGAGCUUUAUAACUUUGCAAAAACAUACGCCACAUCUAAUAAUAAUAAUAAUAAUAAUAAUAAUAAUAAUAAUAAUAAUAAUAAUAAUAAUAACAACAACAACUUGAGUUGUGUCCCCUCUUGCAUUGCACUAGUGUUGGCCAAAUUGUGUGGGAGCUUUUUCAGAAGGUGUUGUUUUUAUUUUAGUAUCAUCAGGGUAUGCAGGAUUCAGAGUCUUCCCAGAAUGGAGCAGGUACGGUGUGCUACUGUGUUUCAUAUAUAAAUACCCAAAUAAUAGACAGGGCCCUUUUAACAAGUGCUGUGCAUCUCAAUAAUUGUUAGCGGAUAAUGUGUAUGUGUGUGUGUGUGUAUAUAGAUACAGGGAUGGAAGUAAGACCCCCAUUGUAUAGCAGCUUGAUCCAUUCCUGGUUGUUACCUAUCCAAAUCAAGCUCAUGGUAAAACCUGAAAUGGAAGUGCUGUGCAAUAGGAGUUGUGUUUAUCAUGGCUGAAGUCACUUUGGGGUUGGUUUGAUCACCGUUUAGCACGCUUGGAUAGGAUGCAGCUGGAUGAAUCUCUCGGGGCAUUGCAGGGUGGAUGUCUCUCUUAGUAUCACAAAUACACUUCCAUUGUUUUCUGAUAUUAUAAUUUUCUUGCAACCCUUAUUACUGUGGCAUAUGGUGAGAUGCUCUGUUGUUUUUUAAAAUUAAUUUAUUUGCGUGAAUGCUGCAGAGGAACAGAAUUAAGACUCCCGUUGCAUAGCAGUCCGAGCCAUUCCGUGCUUUCUUUUAUAAUUUGCACAGACGUUAGCUGGUUGGCUGGGGUGGGUGUAACAGCUGUUGUAACCUUGUGGCUUUUAAAUAUCCAGAAAAAAUGAAAAAGUCUCAGUGGUGCAGAUCUCUCUCUCUCUCUCUCUGUGUGUGUGUGUGUGUGUGUGUGUGUGUAAUCUACAUGCAUGUUUAGACAAGAGCCCAUAGCACACAUAGCCCAGGUCCAUUUGCUGAAGGAGCUGCCCCUGGUGAGCCCCAACCAGUGGAAGGCAGUUAUUGAUCCCCUCAAGAUCUUUUUUUUAUUUUAUUUUUUUUAAGAGGGAGUUUCACAGGAUUGUCAGCAGCGAAUCUGGUACGUUAUUUUUGGCAUCAACUGUCCAGGUUGUGGUGGUCAGUGCACACAACAUACCAGAAAGGAGGCAGAUCAGUGGCCUCUGUGACAUUGACUGUUCUGUAGCGAGACUUUGGACCCACCCUGUAUGUAUGUAAUCUAGACUAUCCGAGCCUAAGCGGACAUCGUUGCUCAAGUGUCUGAUUGCUAAGAAGUGACUCUAAUUGAAAUGUUGUCUAGUUUUCUUAGAAUUCCGUACUAUACUGUGAGGCACAACUGUCCUUAACUAACUCAGCUGAGAAAUGAGAAGUCAUUGGAUUAUUAUUAUUACUGUUGAAGUGUUAUCCUUAUAAGUGCGUCUCAUUUAACUGAACGUUUUGCUCCAGUCUAAAGUUUGCACAUUUACUCUUUCUGCUAAACUGUUUAUUUCAAACUAGGAACGCAAGUACGAGCCCUUAAGCAAUGCUAUAUUAUUAUUAUUAUUAUUAUUAUUAUUAUUAUUAUUAUUAUUAUUAUUGCUAGGAAUUCCUUUGAGCCUAGUUCUGGGUUUUUAACACAGCGCUGUGUUCUAGAUUUCUGUAACAGAUGUUUCAGGUCAGUUGUUUUUAAAUUGUCCUAAAUCAGAAGCGAAA